GUUUACGUAUUAAGCUCUCCUGCUGAAAACGCUUGAUCAAUCAUAUAAAUACAAGUUUAAGAUUAAUAAAUAUUGUUUCUUUCGGGUGGUAACCUUCGUUAAGAUCAAACGGUUUAUGUUUUUAAUCAUGAACUCAUCACCUGUUUCGCUCAUUUUGAUUAUAAUACAUAUAUUUUGUAUAAAUGGUACGUCAGGCUGGCUCAAUAAAUGUUGGAAUAAAGGGACUUUCUACAAUGAAGGAGACACAUUCGGUAGAACUUACAACCUGAAAACAGAUACUUGCAGAAUGUACAAAUGUUUCCCUCGUGGGAAAAUAAGACUUGUGAUUACCCAUAAUUGCCAUGGUAGCUCACCACCAACUACGCCUACUCGUCCACCACCGACCACACCCGCAACUACAGUGCCAACCACAACACCUCUUGGCUGCUUAUAUAACGGGCAAUUUUACCCUCCGGGUACAGAAAUAAGUAGUGGUCGCACUGGUAACUGGUGCUACUUUACGCAAUGUACCCUCUCUGGACAAGUUGUCUCUGGUGAUGACUUUAACUGCGGAACAACGACUACGCCCACAACUACAGUGCCAGCCACAACACCUCUAGGGUGCUAUUAUAACGGAAAAUUUUACCCUCCGGGUACAGAAAUAAGUAGUGGUCGCACUGGUAAAUGGUGCUACUUUACGCAUUGUACCUCCUCUGGAGAAGUUAUCUCGGGCGAUGACUUUAACUGCGGAACAACGACACCCACUACGUCACCGCAAACACCCGAGUCAAGUACUGCAAAAAGGUCCCUUAGAAUACUGGAACAGGAAAUUAAAGCUUUAAUGACUGGACAGAACAAACAUCAACACUAAUGAUAUGAUAAACUUUUAAGAUACACAAUACACAAGUUCAGUGCAAAUAUCAAUCUUUGUGAUUUGGUGAAACAACCAAACUUAUACAAUUAAAAUUGAAUGUAGAGAUUAUCAAAGAAAUGAUAUUACUAUUACUCUAUGGUGUUUUCCAAAAUCUCCAAAUCUUACAUAAACCAAAAAAUUAAAAUAGUUUAAAGCAGUA